AUGCCGGUGGUAGAAACAAGGUGUUUAUCCUCAUUAUAUACGUCGCUCCCAUCGAAGCGCUCCUGCCUAUCCCAUAGUAAUCUAGUGCCAACAUGGAAUCUUUCCCCAUACUUUAUGCAAACUAGUAGCUUCAAAUGGCGGGGCUACAUCGCCGCAAGUCUGGACUGCACCUCUUCCAUGUUGGACAAGCCACGUGGCUGGGCUUGUUUGCAAAGGCGCCCUUUUCCUCAUCGUUCCCUGAGUCUUGGUGGCAGUAAAGAAGCCAGAUCCGACCAGUCACAGAUACACUUUCAAGCUGUGGGCAAUUUACUCUUUCUUGGCAUUAACUCUCAGCCGAAUAUAUUGACUGUACAAUAG